AUGUCAAGUAAGGGCAGAAAAAAACGAAAUACUCGGAGGCAAAGGUAUGAGGAUAACGGUGAGGACGACACCCAAAGUGAACUCAACUACGUUUCAGAAAGGGACUCUAGAAAGACUAAAGAUGAGUCACGAGGUUUUUCAUUGGGACAUACGAACCGAGAAAAUGAUGCAGCUAUGUAUACUCCUACUCCGAUGGUCAAUAUCACGUUACCAACUCCAGAAACGUUCUCUGUUACUCCGAAUGAGUGGCAUUCCUGGAGGAAUCGCUUUCAAAGGUACAGACGGGGUUGCGGUCUGGAUAGCACUUCCGACGCUCGGCAAAUCGAUGUACUUUUGUUUGUAAUGGGUAGUAGAAGUGAAGAUAUUUUCGAUUCGUUUUCACCAAAACCUAAUACUUAUGACGAGGCUCUUAGGGCCUUUGAUGAAUACUUUGUGCCAAGACGGAAUAUAAUUUAUGAGAGAUCAAAAUUUUUGAGACACAAGCAAGGGAGUGAUCCAUCUGAAAAAUGUAUAAGAGAUUUGCAUGGCCUUGCGAAAACGUGUGCAUGGGGUGAAUUAAAUGAUGAGAUGAUGCUUCUCGUCCUCAUUAUUGGUAUGCAUGAUGAGGGUCUGAGUGAUAGACUCCAGCUGGAAUCUCAAUUGACUCUGGAGAAAGCAAUUAAUACCUUGCGCCAACAUGAGGAGCUAGAACGCCAAAAACGUGAACUUGCCAAUACUAAUGUUUUUUUGGUAAAUAAAACGUCAGUUCAAAACGGUAAACCGAAUCGGACAGAAGGAGUUUGUGACCAGAAAUACAUCGAGGAUGCAGAAAAUACAAAGAAGUGCAGGAAAUGUGGUUAUGAUUGGCACGGAUCACUGGCCGAAUGUCCUGCUAGGAAAGCCAAAUGUGACAAAUGUUCCGAGAUUGGACAUUUUUUUCGAUGCUGUCCCUACCGCGAAAAGUGGAUGAGAAAAAACAAAAACGUUGUUAAAGAAAUCGAACAGCAAGUUUCAGACUGUGGAGAUCUACAGGUUCCUGAGAUUUUCAUCGGGAAUAUAGAAAACAAUGACAGAGCCUGGGCCCAGGAGGUAAAAGCAAGCUGUGGAAACCAAGUGUUAGGGCUUAUAAAAUUUAAACUUGACACAGCCGCUGAUGUAACCAUGAUUCCAGUAAGAGUUCUUGGUGAUUUUAUUAAGACUCUGCCUCUAGGAAAGUGCAAAUCCCCUGUGUACAGUGCAAAGAAGAAAGAACGAAUAAAUAUUUUGGGAACUUUAAGGCUGAAGCUUGAACAUAAGGGUGUAUCAAUUUAUGAUCAUGCGUAUAUUUCUGAGGAGAUCACUGUUCCACUUCUUAGCAGACGUUCCUGUGAAGAGCUGAACCUGGUGAAGAGGAUCUUUUCUGUAGAUUCAUCAGAUAUUGACUGGGUUACUGAGUACCCUAAUUUAUUUCAAGGAUUGGGAAAUAUGAAAGGAGAGUACAAGAUAGAAAUGAAGGAGAAUGCAGUUCCUUAUGCUAUAUCUACCCCCAGGGUUGUACCAAUACCUUUAAAAAGCAAGGUGAAAGAGCAGUUAGAGAAUAUGCUUGAAAAAGGAGUGAUUGUCCCAGUUGAGCACGCGACUGAUUGGUGCGCACCAAUGGUAGUUUGCGCAAAAAAGAGAGGUGGGGUUACGAUCUGCGUGGACCUAUCCAAACUCAACAACAGUGUGAAACGUCGGUUUUAUCCUAUUCCAAAGAUUGAACUUUCAUUGUCCCAGAUCGCGGGAGCCAAGUACUUCAGCAAGAUCGAUGCGAAUUCCGGUUUCUGGCAACUGAACCUUGCAGAGGAGUCUCAAGAUUACACAACAUUUAUCACCCCUUUCGGGAGGUAUAAAUUCUGUAAGGUACCUUUUGGAAUUACAUCUGCUCAUGAAGAGUUUCAGCACCGUAUGUCAAGAGCUUUAGAAGGGGCAAAGAACUGUUUAGUGCACAUUGAUGACUGUUUGAUAUGGGGAAGAACGAAAGAGGAACACGACGAGUGUCUUAGAGCCGUUCUAGAGAGAGUGCAAGCUAAUGGAAUCACUUUGAAUAAGCAGAAGUCUGAGUUCUGCAAGAAGACUGUGACAUUUUUGGGGUUUGUGCUGUCUAAGGAAGGAAUCAAGCCUGAUCCAAGCAAGGUACAAGCAGUUGUGGACUUACCAGCCCCAAGUAAUGCUAAUGAAGUCCAGAGAUUCAUGGGCAUGAUCACUUUUCUGGCUAAAUUUAUUCCGAACUGCAGUGAGAUUUUAGAGCCAAUUACGAGCUUGUUAAAGACUAAAAACGAUUUCUUUUGGGGACCAACUCAGGAAAAAGCUUUUGUCACAGUGAAACAGAUUUUAUCAUCAGAGCCAUGUUUAACUGUUUACGAUCCGGAAAAGCCCUCGAUUCUUUCUUGUGAUGCUUCAAAAAAAGGUCUUGGAGCGGUUUUACUACAAGUUGAAGGAGAAAACAAGAAACCUGUGGCAUAUAUAUCUCGGACUCUAAUGCCUGUUGAAGAAAACUACAGUAACAUUGAGAGAGAAGCGCUUGCGUGCACUUGGGCAAGUGACCGUUUAAAAUGUUUCCUGAUGGGUAAAAUGUACACAAUUGAGAGCGACCACAAACCGCUUGUCUCAAUUUUCAAAAGACAAAAUUUGGACGAGCUCUCACCGAGGCUACAGCGAUUCCGAAUGCGUAUGAUGAGAUACGAUUAUCGCAUGACCUGGACCCCAAGAAAAGACCUUGCCAUAGCAGAUCUGCUAUCGAGAUGUCCUAUUCCGGCUAAUGAAGAUGGCGAAUUGACAAAAGAAGUAGAAGCCUUCGUCCAUGAAAUCAGUAUGAUUAGAAUAAACACUACAGAUGAAAAUGUGACAAAAGUACUUCACUCACAAAUGAGGGAUCCAAUAUGUGCACAACUCAAGCUAAAAAUUUUAGACGAAUGGCCUGGAAAAUCAAGUUUACCUAAUGAGAUUCAAGAAUACUUUAACGUGAAAGACGAGUUAAGUUGUAUUGAUGGGUUAUUGCUUCAAGGAACUCGGAUGAUAAUACCUCAUGAACUACGAGCGGAAAUGCUUGAGAGGCUUCACAGUGGACACUUGGGAAUCACAAAAACAAGGAAACGUGCUUUGGAAACCAUGUGGUGGCCUGGAAUUUCUCAAGAAAUAGAAAGAAAAAGCAAAUCGUGUCCAGUGUGUAUUCAGAACUCAACUAAUCACAGUGAACCAUUGAUUCCAAAACUUAUGUUUGGAGGGAAAAUAGGAGACAAUCUUCCAUCUACUUUGGUUGGAAAUCCUGUGGAAAAUAAAGACUUUUUUGAGAGGGAGAAUAAGUACCAGUCGAAGUAUAAGAUGCAAUUUGAUAAACGACAUGGAACGAGGGGUUUAAGUGAAUUAGAAGAGGGAAGCAUGGUAUGGAUCACAGAUCUACGUAGACAUGGUAAAGUAGUCAGGAAAUUGAACGAACCACGUUCCUACCUUGUGGACAUUGACAAGAAAACCAUUCGACGAAACCAGAAGUUCUUAGUUCCUGCACCAUACUACGGAGAAGAUUGCAUUCUUUCAAACUGUUCAUCUACGGUCCUUAAUUGUCCAUCUAACUCACGUGAUCGUCCAGACGCUGGCACAGUUACCCAUUACGGAAGGUCCAUCAAGAUACCGAGGCGGUACCGAGCUUCAUGA